CUCCUGAUCUCAAGGGAUCCUUCCGUCUUGGCCUCCCAGAGUGCUAGGAUUACAGACGUGAGCCACAGCGCCUGGCGGGGAUCAUGGCUUCUGAUUAAUGGAAUGGUGGGACAAUAGAAAAAUUGACUUCUUUGGAAACCAUGAUUUUGUGUGCGAGGAAAAACUAAAAACAGCUUCUUGGUUAAGAAACUAAGGUCUUGAGAAAUUGGCUUCCUCAAGGUCAUAGAGGAGACAGUCUUGGAGAGUCACCAUCUGUUUUUACGGUUUGGUAAUCCUUCCCCACGUUCCAAUGCACUCGUAAGUAGCAGAGUCUGGAAGCAGACUCCCUGGGCCCAAAUCCUGACUCCAUCCCUAACUGGCUUGGAAGCUGGGACUCUGGAAGCCUCAUUUUUCUCAUUUUCCUCAUUGCACGGGGGCUGCAUUUUGCCUGGAGGUUGGCCUGUAGCGUAGUAAAUGAUACCACGCUGCCUCUCAUAUCUAAUUUUUGAUGCAUCUUAGUUUUGUGGGUUAAAAUGUAUAAAUGUAACGCUUUUGAAUUUUCCCUUUCUUUUGGGGACUCUUGGUAACUCUCAAAUCUUUAAGAAGAUUAACCACUGAAAAUAAGGCCAGCAUCCCUUCAGUCAUAACCCUGUGCAGCAGCGUUCCCUUGCAUGAGGGUUUAAAACUCAGACGAUGGAGCCGUAUUGCUUGAGUUUGAAUCCUGUCUCUGCCACUUACCAGCAGUGUGACCCUGGGAAAAUCCAGUCAUCUCUCCCAUGCCUCAAUUUCCCCAUCUGCAAUAUGAAGAAGGAGGCGUUUAGAGUAUCUGCCUUAUAGGAUUGCUGGUGCCUGACACAUAUUUAUUAAAAUAAAGCAGAUGUGCUCAUAUUUCACUGUGAUGUUUAGGAGCCCUUUCUAAGAAAUGGCUUGGGCAUGAGGGAAAGUGUGCAGGUGAUCUAGGGAUGGGUGUCGUGCCAGAGCCUCUGUGCAACACUGCAGGGGUCAAAUGGAGUGACACAGAGUCUGGGCUGCAGCCCUGGCACAGGCGGGGAAUGGCAGUUCCUGUCCCAGGCAGUGCGCGGUGUGCGCAAGAGGCUGCUCAGAGGGAAGGGUGGUUGGGCAGCAUUAAAGAAUGUAAAACAGCCUCUCAUCCCACCACCCGGAGUAAACCAGCUUUGUUUCUGUGUGGUAUUUUAUCUGGAUUUUCACAUAGUUUUGGCAUCACGUCUGUGCUAUUUUGUAAUCCGUUUUCAGCUAACAUAUUUUCUGUUGUAUUGUCUUUCUAAAUAUUUUAAUUUCGUUAAGCUAACAAAAUGAACUGAAGUGUUCUAGAAGUUUCAAAACUCUUCUAUCCCUGCUGGAAACAAGAUAUGAGAAAUGAGUGUUGGACGUCGAAGAAUAAAAUUGUUGGGUAUCCUGAUGAUGGCAAAUGUCUUCAUUUAUUUGAUUAUGGAAGUCUCCAAAAGCAGUAGCCAAGAAAAAAAUGGAAAAGGGGAAGUAAUAAUACCCAAAGAGAAGUUCUGGAAGAUAUCUAAUCCUCCUCAGGCAUACUGGAACAGAGAACAAGAAAAGCUGAACAAGCAGUACAAUCCCAUCCUGAGCAUGUUGGCCAACCAGACAGGGGAAGGGUAUGGUUUUUCCAACAUAAGCUAUCUGAAUUAUUGUGAACCUGACCAGAGGGUCAUGUCAGUCGUUACAGGUUUUAACAAUCUGCCGGACAGAUUUAAAGACUUUCUGCUGUAUUUGAGAUGCCGCAACUAUUCACUGCUUAUAGAUCAGCCACAUAAGUGUGCGAAGAAACCAUUCUUAUUGCUGGCAAUUAAGUCCCUCACUGCGCAUUUUGCCAGAAGACAGGCGAUCCGGGAAUCCUGGGGCAGAGAGAGCAGCGUGGGGAACCAGACCGUGGUGCGCGUCUUCCUGCUGGGCCAGACUCCCCCGGAAGACAACCACCCCGACCUUUCAGAUAUGCUGAAAUUCGAGAGUGAGAAGCACCAAGACAUUCUCAUGUGGAGCUACAGAGACACUUUCUUCAACUUGUCCCUGAAGGAGGUGCUGUUUCUCAGGUGGGUGAGUACUUCCUGCCCAGACGCUGAGUUCGUCUUCAAGGGCGAUGACGAUGUGUUUGUGAACACCCAUCACAUCCUGAAUUACUUGAAUAGCUUAUCCAAGAACAAAGCCAAAGAUUUGUUCAUAGGUGAUGUGAUCCACAAUGCUGGACCCCACCGGGAUAAGAAACUGAAGUACUACAUCCCGGAAGUUGUUUACUCCGGCGUCUACCCACCCUAUGCCGGGGGAGGGGGAUUCCUCUACUCCGGCCAGCUGGCCCUGAGGCUGUACAGUGCCACCGACCGGGUCCACCUCUACCCCAUCGAUGACGUUUAUACUGGAAUGUGCCUUCAGAAACUCGGCCUCGUUCCAGAGAAACACAAAGGCUUCAGGACAUUUGAUAUUGAGGAGAAAAACAAGAAUAACAUUUGUUCCUAUGUAGAUCUGAUGUUAGUACACAGUAGAAAACCUCAAGAGAUGAUUGAUAUUUGGUCUCGGUUGCAAAGUGCUCAUUUAAAAUGCUAAGAUAUACAUACUAAAUUUUGCAUAGAAAGGCAUAUUUUGAAUAGUCCCAGGUUGGAUUCUCACAUUUAGGGUAGUUUCUAUGUUAAACCAUCAAAAUUGCCUUUGUAAGUAGUAUCCAUUUGAGGGCUUCUAAACCCUUCAAUCUGGUACUUUUGUGAAGAAGGAAAGCAGAAAAUGAUAAUAUUUUAUGAAUAAUAAUGGCAGGAUGAUGGGUUUUGAUCCUUUCUACGGGCUUGUGGUCAUUGUGUCCCCCCUUCUCAUCUGAUAUGAUAAGUUUCUAGAAUUUGACCAUUUUAAGUUAUUUUUAUUUUGCCCUCUUAAGUGUUACUAUUCCUACUUCCCAUUAUGAUGACUGAUUUAUCAGACAAAUUCACAUGUUUAUAAACUUACUGACUACAAAGAAUUUGUUAUACAUGAUUCAGUGGUUUUUGUGAAAUGGAAUUACAUUUAUUAUCAUGAGAUUUGGGCAAAUUUUUAAAAUUGUCUAGAAAAUUGACUCUUGUGGAAUUUUUCUGCCACCCCAACAGUAUUUUCUUGUGUUAAUCUAAUUAGUUAAUUUUGCAAAAUGAGAAUCACUGUGUGACACUCAUCUAAUUUAUCUUGUGGUCUUAUGGUCAGAGUAAGAAAGAGAGUUUAAAUUUUCUUGUAAUUGGUUUGGCUGGGUGGUAUCAUAAUAGUUAUCUGAUUUUAGCAUUUGAAAAUAAUGAGUAUGAUUCCAUAAUGGCCAGCUGAAGAUUGAAAUGCCCCUGACAACCAUAUUGGGUUUGUGAAUUUUCACUGUGGACCAGGAAGUGUAUGUAACUUUUGACUUGAGUGAAAAGAUUGAAGUUACAGACCUUUUCAUAAGUGACUUGUCAGUUUAAAUUCCAGGUUUUAUUAUUGCCAUAUUUUCACAUGUUGCUUAUACAAGAUAAUUAUUCUGAGUAGUGAUUGCUUUCUUGUCUCAGUGUAGAAGUGCCUGUGUUUUUAUUUAUUGUUAAGAUCAAAGACCAAACAUUUUCUUAAAUAUAUUUUGUGUAAUAUUUUAUUUGUAUACAGUGUUGUUGAAAUAUUUAACUAGAGCAUGAUAUUUUAAAUGUUAAGGUGUAACAUGUUAAAUAAAACGGUUAUUUUUGAAUUUUAAAACUUGUUUUUUGGGGGUAUAAAUUACUAGAGUUGAUAAAAUUCUGCCAAACUAUUGCUUAUAUGUACUAUCUUGGAACAUGCUUUCUUGAAAUAUUUUUGUGUUUAAUAAAGAUGACAGUUCUUAUGAGAUGAGAUAUUGGGAAGUGGAAAUAAAGUCAUUGUAUUUUUAA